GAAACGGGUUUUCAAGCUAAACAAUUAAACCGGUCUUGACAAAAUAACCUCAUUGCUCUUUUUCUCAUCAUCUUCAUCAUUCUAAAUCUGUUCACAACACACAUCGAGUUAACUUCAUCACCAACCAACUUGAUCAUCAACCAAUUUUGACAAAUGAACAGAAAGCCAUUUUUGUUCACAUUUAAAAUGUCCAUGAUUUAAUCUGUGUGUUUAUAAAUCAUCUUUUUAUCAUUAAAUUAAUCAGUUGUGAUUUAUCAUUCCAACUAAAGGAAAAGACUUCAAUGAGAGACGACGAUUUUGAAUCAACCAUCAAGGUUGUGCUUGUAGGCAACGGAAUUGUUGGUAAAUCAUCUUUAAUUCAACGAUAUUGCAACGGAAUAUUUACCAAUGAGUACAAAAAGACUCUGGGUGUUGAUUUUCUGGAGCGAACUGUAAAGGCUCAUGGACAAGAGAUUAGACUAAUGUUAUGGGAUACUGCUGGUCAAGAAGAGUUUGAUGCUCUAACAAAAGCUUAUUACCGAGGUGCUCAAGCCUGUGUUAUUGUAUUUUCAACAACUGAUCGUGAAUCUUUUGAUUCUGUUGUUAGUUGGAAGAAAAAGGUUGAAUAUGAAUGUGGUCAAAUCCCAAUGGCUUUGGUUCAAAACAAGAUGGACCUGAUUAGUCGAAGUAAAGUGUCUCGAGAUGAGGUUGACUCGCUGGCAAGAUCAAUAAGAUUAAAAGUUUUUCGCACUUCCGUCAAGGAAAAUCUCAACGUUGACUCAGUUUUUUCAUACUUGGCAGAAUCUUAUGUAGACUCUGUAACGGAAAAUCAAGAAGAAAGGUCAGUCACGAAAUUGACCAAUCCUACCCAAAAAUCGGACUUAAUAUCAACUCCAAUAUUUAAAUUAAGAUCAAAUGGUGGAUCAAAGUAUCGUCGUAAACGAAUGAAUGGUCCUCAUGGUAUAACAUCCAAUUGUAAUGCUCCUGUUAUUCAUCAUUUUCGUUAUAAGAAUAGGUUUCACUUGAUUCCUCCCCUUCGACCAGCCAAUUCAACCAUUUUGCUUCAUCAUAGGCGAUAUUAUCCUCAAAUGCAUUCAAGGCAAUCAGAUAAAUUGUUGAAAAAUACCGUUUUCAAGAGUUGUUGGCUUUUCUAAUAAUAAAGAUCUCAUCAUAUUGGUUAUGAUUAGACAAAAUUCAUU